GAGACUUGUAAGGGAUUCUAGCUUUUUUGUGUUUCUCCUUGCAGCUCAUGUUCAGUCAGAAAGGCUGUCAUUUGAUUUUGAGAAUGCCAAAACCAGUACAUCAGACUCUUUGAAAUUGUUCAAAUGGAUACCUGGUUGCAUGGUUGGAUGCUCAUUUGUUCUUGCUUUUCUGCUUCACAAACUAUAAAUGGCUUUCUCCAGUUUCAGUCUCCGGCACUCGCACAUGUCUCAGUCGGAGGCUCUGUAGAAUUAAGAUGCACAUUUGAGCAGAAAGUUCAGUACUGCUUUAAUGCUGUAUUAUGGCAGAAGCUGAAUCUACGAACUGGUCAGUUCAUGACAGUGAUAAGCCCCCAUGAGAAUCAUGUCCUUGGUCUUGAUGGUAAUUCUUGUGUUUUGACUCUCAAUAACUUGACUACUAAAGAUUCUGGCUUGUAUGUUUGCAUUUCCCAUUUUAACUCAAUGGCUAUGAUCGGCAAUGGAUCCAGGGUGAUCGUAACUAGAGAUGACUCCAGAACUGUUCCAGAACUGUCCAUCUUUUACUGGUCUCCAGAAGCUGAUUCACUAUCAGUCCAGCUCCAGUGUUUGGUUUUAGGAGUUGUCCCAUCUCAGGUGCGGGUUUUCUGGAUGAUUGGAGAGAAAGUGCUCUCUGGAUGGACCGAGUCAGCCUGGACAAAUGACACUGAUUCAGCCACAGAAUUCACCAGAGCUCAUCUCGCUGUUCCUGCAGACGAGUGGACUGAAGCUGAGGAAAUUCAGUGCUGUGUUGAAUAUAAAGGCCAAAACUUCUCUAAAUCUCUGAAGCAAUACGAGCGACAAGCAGUCCACUCGUGGCUUCUAUACGCCGGCUGUGUGGCAGCACUUCUUACAAUAAUAGUAACCAUCAUUAUAUCUGUGGGGUUACACCGAGAUAUUUCGGUGACCAGAAAGUCCAGAGGGCUCACAAGAAAAGAUGCUCACCGCAAAAUUUCAUAUGGUAAACAGAAUAGUCUUAAAGAAGAUUUUCCAUCUGUUAUGGGUUUCUCUGGGGAUCUGAUUAGUCAUGAACAAGAUGGGAGUCCAUCAAAAGAAUGAAGAUUGAAGAAAGGAAUGCUUGAGCGCGCUGGGAAAAAAAAAACUGAAAUGAAAGUUUACAAUCUCAAACACAGUGUGAAUAUGUGCGUCUUUAUACAAAAAGACUGCCUGACUUCUACAUUUUUAAAUGUUUUUAAAGUGUCUAUAAUCAUGAAUAUUUAUUAGUUAGGAACUGUGUUCGUUGUGUGAUUUAUGUUCUCUGUAUUUUAUUAUUUAAAUAUAAAGUUUUCUAAUAAAAAGUGUAUUUGAAAAUGUU